UCAACGCCACCCUGCCGCCAUUGAAACACAUACAAAAAAGCUCGAGCUCGCACUUUUCCUCUCCUCCUCUCCGAGGCUAAGCAAUUCGCCAAUUCCACAAAUUUCUUCCUUAUCUCAUAUGUUUAUUAAACUAAUUUGUAAUCCAAUCACACACACGCGCGCACGAGCGGCGGUGUUGAAGUGAGAGUCGCCUUUUCCGUAAAAGCGAGCACCUUUUCCUUUCUCUCAAAUCGAUAAACAGUCUAUCCAUCUGGAAUUUCUGAUUGGACGGCUCGGAUUCCUCCCUGUCUAAUCGUGCAGCUGCGAUCGCCUCCCAGCCUUCCACUUACGUGAUAGGGGCUCUGAGUACUUGCUAUUCGGUAUGGAAGUGAACAAUCAGAGGAGAGGUAAGCAGAAGGAUCUUGUCAGCCAUCAAAACGGUGGCAUGAGCAAAUCGGUCAUUGAAGAUGAGCUUGAUCCAUGGACCGCGUGGGCUUAUAAGCCUCGUACUAUUACCCUUUUACUUAUUGGUGCAUGCUUUCUUGUAUGGGUAAGUGGAGCGCUUGACCCUGAAAGUAGCUCAGAAGGAGAUUCUAUAAUGUCUGUGAAAAGGGGUGUGUGGGCAAUGAUUGCUGUGUAUCUCGCUUAUAGCUUGCUACAAGCUCCUUCCACAGUGCUAAUCCGACCACAUCCUGCAUUUUGGCGUCUUGUUCAUGGAAUGGCUGUUAUUUACCUUGUUGCUUUAACAUUUUUACUGUUCCAGAGGCGUGAUGACGCUAGGCAAUUCAUGAAAUUCCUGCACCCUGAUCUUAGUGUUGAACUUCCGGAAAGAUCAUAUGGUGUCGACUGCAGAAUUUAUGUCCCUGAAAAUCCAUCAAGCAGGUUUAAGAAUGUUUAUGACACACUUUUUGACGUAUUCGUUGUGGCUCAUAUUCUUGGGUGGUGGGGAAAAGCUAUAAUGAUUCGCAAUCAGCCUCUUUUGUGGGUACUUUCAAUUGGGUUUGAGUCACUGGAGCUAACCUUUCGCCACAUGUUGCCAAAUUUCAAUGAAUGCUGGUGGGACAGCAUUAUUCUUGAUAUAUUAAUCUGCAAUUGGUUUGGUAUUUGGGCCGGCAUGCGUACUGUUCGUUACUUUGAUGGCAAAACUUACGAGUGGGUUGGUAUAAGCAGGCAGCCAAACAUCAUUAGCAAAGUGAAAAGAACACUGGGCCAAUUUACGCCUGCCAUGUGGGAUAAAGAUGAAUGGCAUCCUUUUCUUGGUCCAAUCCGAUUCUUACAAGUUCUCAGUCUUUGCAUUGUUUUCUUGACUGUGGAACUCAAUACCUUCUUUCUGAAGUUCUGCCUUUGGAUUCCUCCCCAAAACCCCCUUAUUGUAUAUAGGCUGGUUUUCUGGUGGCUCGUCGCAAUACCAACAAUUCGUGAAUAUAAUUCCUACUUACAAGACAGAAAACCUGCGAAAAAGGUUGGAGCAUUUUGCUGGCUUUCCCUCGCUAUCUGCAUUAUAGAGCUUCUCAUCUGUAUCAAGUUUGGACAUGGCCUAUUUCCUCACGCCAUGCCUACAUGGUUGGUUAUAUUUUGGAGUCUAGUCGGACUUGGACUCUUGAUAUUCUUGGCUGUGUGGUCAUGGCAUCUACAUCAAUCUAUGAAGAGAAAGAGGCAAUAGGUUAGCUCAUUUUCAGUUUCUCGUUGUUUAUUGACGGAAAUCUUUAUUUUUUCUUCUUUUUUUCUCCUUUCAUUAGUCACCCUUGUUGUAAAUAUACUUCUAUAGCUGCAAUCUUAUUCUCUUCUAGGUUACAUCUCUAGAUGAUCUAUGUAGAUUGUAGACAACCUUAAUUCUUUUUACUUCAGGCUUGGCCAAAUGUGAAAUUUUGUUCACUUAAACGUUCCAAUAAAAAAAAUUCUCUUGUAAGAA